CGACAUUAAACCGGGCCUCAUAUCCAGCAAAUCCAGGCCGUCCAUCGCAUAAAUAGAAAACUAGGGUUUUGCACUAUAUCUAACUCUCUCUUCCAUUCUUCCCCAAUCUCCAGCUGCACUAACUCUCUCUUCUUCAUCAUCAGUCGCCGAAGUUAAAUUUAAAGAGCAGUCAAGAUGAUGAACGAUGAGGGUCAAAACAUGGAUCUCUAUAUCCCCAGAAAAUGUUCUGCCACCAACCGUUUGAUCACUUCGAAGGAUCAUGCUUCGGUUCAGAUCAAUGUGGGUCAUUUGGAUGACAGGGGUAUUUACACCGGCGGUUUCACCACUUUUGCGCUUUGCGGUUUCGUCCGUGCUCAGGGAGAUGCUGAUAGUGCAGUGGAUCGCCUAUGGCAGAAGAAGAAAGCUGAGCUAAAACAAUAGAAAAAUAUUGUUAUCGUUUUUUAUUUGUUAGAACUAUAAUUUGUCUGAAGCAAAAAGAUAUUGCUAUGCAAACUACUUUCUCUUCAUUAAUAGUUUGAGCUUGAAUCUAUGGGUUUCUAGUUUCCCCGUAAUAUCAUUCGGAUGUGUUUUGUUUGA